AAGAUAACGCCUCAGGCGGGUCUGCUACGUCAGUUACUGAAAGAGUUGACCCAGAGCGGGAAGUGUCCUUUGCAUAAUUCAUACACAAGUGUUUGUGCUCUUUCCCGUUCUUAAUUUUCAUAGAAGAAUUCUCGCAGGACAUCUGAGGAAACUCUCAGACAUCCACCCACACCUGACCUUGAAAAAAAACACACACACACAGACGCACACAAACCCUGACAUUCCAAGACCCUUCUUGACAUCAAAGGCGGCACUGAAACGAAGCGGCUGCCCUGAAACCCCUGUAGGCACCCCCCCCCCCCCCCCCACCUUUCGUGACGCCCCCUUGGCCCAAACACCAUCAACUCUGCUGCAACAACACCACCACCUGGAACGUUGUUUUGGUCAACUGAGGAGCAGCCAUGGGCAACAACAAGAGUGUGUUUACGGUGGAGGAACUCCAGGAGUACGAGGAGCUGACUUACCUCACUCGCAAGGAGAUUAUCUUGGCAUGGAAGAGAUGGGAGGACCUCGUAGGAAAGGCAGGAGUUAGGAACAAGAGUACGAGGUAUCCUGAGGAGGCUAUUCAGGAGAUGCCAGAACUGAAGUACAACCCGUUCAAGAGGAGAAUCACCUACGUCUUCUCGUCGGCCAGAGACGGUCGCAUGGGCUUCGAUGACUUCCUGGACCUACUGUCAGUUAUGAGCGACAAGGCGCCUCUCCAGCUGAAGGCUUUCUACGCUUUCCACAUCUUUGAUUACAACGGUGACCACAUGCUGGACGAUGAAGACCUCGAGUUCGUCAUUGACAGAUUAACUGGCCAAGAAAAGCUUUUGCCAGAGGAGAAGAAGCAGUUAGUUGAUAAGUUGUUAAAGGAAGUGGAUCUGGACGGUGGAGGCAUCUCCCAGGAGGAAUUCAAACAUCUGUUGACGAAGUGCCCAGACUUCAUCCAUUCAUUCAGGUUUACGGUGUAAAAGAAAACGGACGAGUCAGCUGGUUAUUAUAGAAAACUGGAUUUGUUGUUGUUUUUAAAUGGUUAACUUAUGAAUAUUUGUCGAUGAUCAAUUUACAACAAUUCAUUGAAUUUAAGACAACAUAUAUGUGAUUUUGUUUGGAUAUUGUUGUAUGUUAUAAUAUAUCGUUUACGUUCUUCAUCGUUAUGGGAUCCAUAACUGAAUUGUUAUACAUAUAUAUAUAUAUAUAUAUAUAUAUAUAUAUAUAUAUAUAUAUAUAUAUAUAUAUAUAUAUACACACACACACAGAUAUUGAAUUGCAAUUUUGAAAAACAUAGUAAUCUGUUACACAUAACAAUGAAACACGUAUAUAUAUAUAUAUAUAUAUAUAUAUAUAUAAUCGUUCCAAGUAUUAUUAUCCCACGAAAAUAUAUAAAGUUUAUAAGAACAAACCUGAAACGUAGUUGAGAAGUUAUAGACUGGUAAUGUUCUUACAAUUUGAAAGUGGUUAGUUACUGAUCUUCCAAGUAUUUUGGGGAAAAUUGCUUUUAUAUCCUCCUGCAUUGCCAGCUGUCUGCUUCGUUAGAAAUCUGUUCAUGAGAUGCAAUAAAAUAUCCUGGCCCCUUCAAUGUUGAAUUUGAGUAGGUAAAAAAUGGAAAGAAUUUGUGGUUUAAAUACACACCUGUAUAGCGUGUGUACAUAUAUGAGUGUGUGUAUAUGAAUGUACAUACGUGAGAAAUUAAGAAUCUAUAUAUAUGACACAUGCAAAAACACAUAGCUACAUAUGCUUAUACCAACCUAACUAUAUGGAGUUGGUAAAAAUAAGCAUACAAACAUAUCAAUAUAUAUAUAUAUAUAUACAUAUGUUAUACAUUGUAUCUAGUUCAACUUUGUCAAAAUCACUAAGGUGGUCGCAAUUGUCUUCACUCAACAACACACACACACACACACACAAACAAAUAAAUAAACAAUGCAAGAAACGACAUUUCCUAAUUAUACCAUCCCAAAGACAAUAUCAUUUAUAUCUCACCAAAAAAAAAAAAAAUGACUGAAGUGAACUUGGUCAGGUCACUUUGGCUUUUGAGCAUCAAAGACAUGAUAUUAUCUUCUCAGUGCCAAAGCCAGAAUUAGGGCCCUCAGAUUUCAGAGAGAGAGAGAGAGAGAGAGAGAGAGAGAGAGAGAGUCAGAAAACCUAAACACGAAUAAGUAAGUGGCAGCAGUUGCAAAGCGAGUAUAGUAGUAAUGCCAGGCUGAAAUGUAACAUUUAUUCAAGUGCCAGGUGGGCCGUAUUAAGCGUAUCUAAGUAGGGGAGGGUGCCAAGGAAGCUGUGUCGAAUGCCCAUGUUCCGCCUGUGCCAUCAAUCAGGGGCAGCGUCUGACGCGGAAGAUGUUGUAUGUAACCAGGGCCACGACGCUAAUUAAGACUUCGGCGGGAAAUGGCUACGGCGGCGGCGGCGGCGGUGGUAGUAUACUCCUUUGGACCGACGUCCUCUCUCUCUCUCUCUCUCUCUCUCUCUCUCUCUCUCUCUCUCUCUCUCUCGGGGUUUUGUAAGUUCCCCGCCCGUCUGAGGGAGAGAGGAGCCCCCCCUUCUCACAUGUAGUACAUUUAAAAGUCAUAUUUGUUGAAAGUUAUUGCGAUAUAUGACGGCAAUUGUUUUUUCAUGAGGGAAUUGCAUAUGUAUAAGUAUGUGUAUGUAUAUAUAUAUAUAUAAUACACACAAAUAUACAUAUAUGAAUAUAUAUACAUUACAUAUAAGAGCAGUGACAAAUAAAUUAAUGAUGAUAGGCUUU